AUGCAACAAUUCUGGCGCAUACUUGCCCCCGAACGCAGAGAGGUGACGGGCUGUCUCGGCGAACUUGUGGACGCUUUACUUUCCGGGGCCGCUGCGAACAUUGUACCUCUCCUUGCAGUCCCACUGGAUACCCAUCGCCAUCGAAAUGUUGAGGUAGACCUGGGCGAGAACAUCGAAGACGAGGAGGAGGAGGAAUGCACAAAACGACCUCGAACCAACAACCUUCCUAAAAGCCAUUGGGGCAAAGCUGCUCGAGUCAAUCAACAUGAUUCAGUCGAUAUCUGUGGCUCGGAUGGGAAGAUCAAACCAAAGUCACUUUAUGCGCUUCCAUCGAACGUCCACAACCUCAUUUUCGAUAGUCUGGGCGAAAUUAAAGGUGUCUUGUCUUUGAGCCUGACCAAUCGUUAUUUCUGGGCUGUUGGUUUGACGCAUAUUGAGGACAGUAUUGUGUCUUCUUCGGCCCCGUGGGCUGGUGAGCGGAUCAUAUGUGUAAGCGACUAUAGUGAUCCGAGUGAUUUUCCACCGGGAUUGUUGAGUACGGAUGAACAGGCGGAUCUGGCACAGUUGGUUCGAGUGCAUCAUAUUGAUACGUUCACUAUUGAUAAAAUAUGGAAGAAGACUGGUUCACGGUCAGUAUCCCAGAGACUUGAGGAUCAAUUCAAGAGGUGGGAGGCCAAACAUCCCAUGUCUAAGGCUGAUCGAACUGAGAUUCUGAUGGGUCUUAAGCCCGAGAUUUUGGAGUUUUAUCCGCGUGAUCAGCUAUGGAUUCUGCGCAAUUUGACGACGAAGGAAUAUGUUCGUGGUGAGGUCAUCGCUCUCAGAGAGUCUUUCAUACAUGGACCCCAGAUUGAUGUUCUGGGAUUUUCGGAGGUUUUGAUCUCGCGUAUAUCCUGGUCCAGUCGACCUGUUGAUGUUGGGCAUGGGGGGAAUAUGUCUCAUGGGAAGUGGGCUGGCCAUCGGUUUGACAUUGUUCCUCUUACAUGCGUUGAUAAAAGUGCCGGUCAGGAUUGGACUGAUGUGAGCGAUGAGAUUCUGAGGGAGAUGGACUUGAUUUUGACGAGUCAGAAGGGAGAUGAUUGGCGUGAUAAUCUGUCGCGAAGAAAUCAAAAACUCGCGCCUACCGUAGCUCUUGGAUACACCUGA